CGGCAGGCAGCCCCACAUGCAUGGCUGCGGCCACCAAGCAUGACGAGUACGUGAUGCUGCGGUGCCGCUGGGAGGGGGGCAUGCCCCCGGCCGUGCUGGGCUGGUGGGAUGGCCAGGGCCGGGCGCUGGGUGUCCCUGCACCAUCAGCCACUGUCCUGGUGCUGAGCACCGAUGCCAGCCUGGGGGGCCAGGACUUCGUCUGUGUGGCCGCGCACCCACUGCGAGCUGCCAGCACCGAGUGCCGCCUCCGGCUGGAUGCCCCUGAGCUGGAGGUGGAGCGCAGCGAGGUGGUGGUGCUGGAGGGCGGUGAGGCGCGGCUGGCAUGCCGGCGGCGCGGCAGCACCGAGCUGGGCACCGAGAUGGCCUGGUACGACCCGCAGGAGCGCGAGGUGCCGGCAGGCACCACCAAGUACCGGCUGGAACGCGGCGGGCCGUGGGCCAACCUCACCGUGCGCGAUGCCGAGUGGCCGCGGGACGGUGGCACGUACCGCUGCGCCGCCGCCAACAGUGUGGGCACUGCCAGCCUCCCCGUCCGCCUCCGCGUGGAUCGGUACCCGGCCCCUCCCAACGUCACCAUCAGCAAGCUGCGGUACACGCGGGCACGCACCGAGGUGCGGCUGCAGUGGCGGACGCAGGGCGCAGGAAACCUGACCGGCUUCGUGGUGCAGCGGCGGCCGGCCAAGAAGCCCCAGCGCCGCACCCCUGGCCCCUGGGAGACGGCUGCUGGAGACAUCGAGCCGCACUCCCGCGACCGGCGCCUGGGGGGGCUGGACCCCCGCGUGGUCUAUGCCUUCCGCGUCCUGGCUGUCAACCACCGCACGGCCGGGCACCCCUCCGAGGUGCAGACUCCAGGUGAAGCGGGCACGGGACAGCAUGCCGCGCUCCUCCGGCGUCAUGUGUGGUGCCAGGCAUCGGUAGGGGCUAGAAAACACCCCUGGGCUGGCUGCCUGUUGGCAGAGCAGGGGGUGAGCGGAGAAAGGCAGAACUGCACCCCAGCGUGAGCAGCCAUCAGUAGGUUUCAGAGCAAACAAGCGCAGGCUCCCACCUUUCUCCUCCAUUUGUGCCAGGGAUGCCCGGUGCCCCCUCACUCCCUUCUCCCCCAGUACUUCUGCACCGUCCUGGCUGCCCCUCAUCUCCUUACCUCCCCCGUCCCGGCAGGCUGACACACACCGCUCUUUUCCAGCCGAGCCGCCCUUCGAGGCGCUCCCAGCCGUGAUGGGGGCUGCAGUGAUGGGGAUGCUGGUGGCCACCGCCGUGUCUCUGCUGGCUGUGCACUACGUCGCUCGCCACCGAGACCACCUACCACGGCUGCACGAGCUGCUGUUCCGCAUGUGAGUGCCCCAACCCUCGCCCUGCACACAGCCCUCUCCUGCAUCCCGUUGCUCACCUGAGAGCCCCGUGCCCCAGGGCUGGCCCCAACGCCCCGCAGCCUGCUGAGGAUGCCCACGCAGCCAUGAGCACGGAGGAUGGAGGAGGACAGGGACAGGAGGAGGCGGGUGGCCCCAGCGCAGUGGCCACGGAAGAAGAGCCACGCUCAGCCCCACCGAAUGAUCCCGUGGAUGACGCACCAGUGGAUGUCACCAUCACGGUGACAGCCAUGCCCUGAACCUGGCGGACCCCUGGACACCCCUCCUCACUUGCUGCUGUUCCUGGGGGACAAGAGCUAGGAUGUGGCAGCGGAACCCCCAGGACAGCCCCAUCCUCCUGCACUGUGCUGUACCCCACUGCUUCCUUUGCCUCAAUAAAGGC